AUGCAGAGCCUUCGGGUUCAUCAAUCGUCGGGACUCCGACCGGCUUCUCCGACUCCGUUCCUCGACGGUGGCGGUGCCAUGUUGUUCAAAGUUGCCGGGACGAGGAAGUGUGACGGCGGUGUGAGAGGGAGGGGCCGGGUGGCGGAGCGAGGAAAGGGAACUGUGAAGGCUUUACUUGGGCUUGGCGGUGGGCUCGGUGGGCUCGCUGGAGGGAUCACCGGUGGGUUAGGUGUUGGGCUUGGUACUGGGCUCGGCGGGUUGAACCCAUUCUCGCCCGCGGCCAAAGUGAGGGCGGUUGUGACCGUUAACCAGACGAUCGGAGGGUUCCUUAAGGACAAUCUGCUUGUUCCCAGCACGAUUCAGGACCUGAUCGGCGCGUCCCUCCGUUUGGAGCUUAUUUCGGCCGAGCUCGACACGAAGACGGGAAAGGAAAAGCCGGCGGUGGGAUCGUUGGCUCAGUGGACCGGCGUAAAUGGGUUGCAGUACCAGUAUGAAGCAUACUUCAACGUCCCCGCCGAUUUCGGGCCGGUCGGCGCCAUGCGCGUCGAGAAUUUGCACGUCAGGGAGAUGUUCCUCAAGGACAUUGUCGUCACCGGCUUACCCGACGGGGGUUCCGUCAACAUCGAUUGCCAGUCCUGGGUUCCAGCUAGCAUCACCGGCAGGCCGAAAAGGGUCUUCUUCACUACCAAGUCGUACUUGCCAUCGGAUACCCCAGAGGGGUUGAAGAAGUUGCGAAAUGACGAGCUUGUGGCUGUUCGCGGGAAUGGUUCAGGCGAGCGCAAGAAAGGUGACAGGAUAUAUGACUACGACGUUUACAAUGAUCUUGGGGACCCUGAUAAAAGUCCCGACUUGAAAAGAGAGGUGCUUGGUGGUAGCAAAGAACGUCCUUACCCCAGGCGUUGUAGGACAGGACGACCGCGGUCAUCAAAAGAUCCGCAGUCGGAGAGAACGGAUAGUGGUGACUACUAUGUGCCUCGCGACGAAGAGUUCUCAGAGAUUAAGGGUUUAGAGUUUGGGGUGAAGAAACUUUUCACGCUUUUACAAGGCUUGGUGCCAAUGCUGGAAACUGUCUUUAUCGACAAAAACCUUGGAUUCCCACACUUCACAGCCAUCAAUAAGAUGUUCGCCCAAGGGCUUAACUUGCCUCCUUAUUCUCAAGCGUCUUUGAAAGCUUUCCUGCCUAUGCUCAUCAGGAACUCCGUCGAAGGAAGCAAUGACGUAUUGCAGUUCGACGUCCCUCCGACAAUGGAUAGAAACAGCUUUUUCUGGUUCACCGAUGAGGAAUUCGCUCGGCAGACACUUGCUGGUGUCAACCCAUGUACCAUACAGCUGGUUAAGGAGUGGCCAAUUAUGGGUACCCUGGACCCUGCCGUUUAUGGUCCUCAAGAGUCUGGUAUCACCAAAGAACUCAUCGAGAAAGAAAUCAGAGGCUACACAACACUGGACGAGGCAAUUCAACAAAAGAAACUGUUCAUGCUUGACUACCACGAUAUCUUGUUACCGUUGGUGGGUAAAGCCAGAGAGCUCGACCACACAACAUUAUAUGGGUCGCGAACAGUGUUUUUCCUCUCCCCGUCUGGCACAUUGAGGCCUUUAGCAAUCGAACUCACUCGGCCACCAUUGGGAGAAAAGCCACAGUGGAAAGGUGUCUACACACCAAAUUAUGCUUCUGCUACAGAUGUCUGGUUGUGGCGGCUAGCCAAAUCUCAUGUUCUGGCCCAUGACUCUUCGUAUCACCAGCUUAUUAGUCACUGGUUGAGAACUCAUUGCUGUACAGAACCAUAUAUCAUUGCAGCGAAACGCCAGCUCAGCGAGAUGCAUCCGAUCCAUCGUCUCUUGAAGCCUCACUUCAGAUACACGAUGGAGAUCAAUGCACAAGCAAGGAAAGGCCUGAUUAAUGCCGAUGGAGUUAUCGAGUCAACUUUCGCUCCUCUCAAGUACUCUAUCGGAGCUAGCUCCCUAGUUUAUGAUAAAGUGUGGAGAUUCGACAACGAGGGACUUCCUAAUGAUCUGAUUAACCGUGGAAUGGCUGUAGAGGAUUCAUCUGAGCCACACGGUGUGAGACUCGCCAUCCAGGACUACCCUUACGCUAACGACGGCCUACUGGUAUGGGACGCCAUCAAACAAUGGGUGACCGAGUAUGUCAGCCACUACUACCCAGACUCCCAAACCGUCACCUCCGAUAAAGAGCUCCAAGAUUGGUGGAGCGAGGUUCGCAACAGGGGCCACGAGGACAAAAAGGACGAGCCAUGGUGGCCGAGUCUCCAAACCCCACAAGACAUCAUCAGCGUCUGCACGACCAUAAUCUGGGUAGCCUCAGGCCACCACGCGGCGGUCAACUUCGGGCAGUACGCUUACGGCGGAUACUUCCCCAACCAGCCGACCACCAGCAGGCUGAAGAUGCCGGACGAAGACCCAACCGAGGAAGAGUGGAAGCUGUUCAUGCAGAGGCCCGAGGUGGUGCUUCUCACGAUGUUCCCUUCGCAGAUUCAAGCUUCCAAGGUGAUGGUCGUCCUGAACGUGCUGUCGAGCCACAGUCCCGACGAGGAGUAUCUCGGGGAGAAGAUGGAGCUGGCGUGGGCGGACGAACCAACGAUCAAGGCGGCUUUCGAGAAGUUCAACGGCAGGAUGCACUCGAUUAUGGGCGAGAUCGAUUCGAGGAAUGCAGACUCGGAGAAGAUAAAUCGCAGCGGAGCUGGUGUCUAUCCUUAUGAGCUCCUGAAGCCGUUCUCGGAGCGUGGAGUUACUGGCAGGGGAGUUCCAUGUAGCAUCUCGAUUUGA